AUGCUUCGUGAAGCCAGAGAAAUUCACCCUACUCGUACAUCCACUAUCCUCAACGGUAGCGGUAAUUUUGGUGGUGAUUUGUUGCAACCCAAAUGUUGGCAACCUACAGCUGAAACAUACAAUAAGUGGAAAGCGAGGGUUGGUGAUUUGGGUGAUUAUGUAAAAUGGCACCAAGGGGAAUUAUUUAUAUACAACUUUGGACCCAGCGACCGUCAAUUGUUUAAUGAUGCAGUUAUGAGAUUCGGUCUUCCACCACCUGGUAUUAUCCCGCCCCAAAAUUGGCUUCCAUCAGCUUUACAUUGUAAAUCUCACCUUCAUCUGUUUGGUUAUGUCGACUUAUACAUGAGGCAUCUAUAUGACGACCCAUAUGCUUUAGAUGAUUCGAAAGAAAGGUGGUCCGAUGGUUUACCUAAAGAACACUUGUGCGUUCCUGCUGUGCUAUCACGUAUUGCAAUGUUGGCUCUUAUUAGAAAUAAAGUGUUACAGUAUGAAGAUAUCAACGGUGCAACAAGUAUUCCUACUGAUGGUGAAAAUUCUGAAUUUAAAUUUACCAUACAUGAAGGAGGCUUAUCAUUAUUGCGUUGUAUGUGGAAUGAUGAAUGUGCACAAAUCAACAAUGUCUGUCAAAUAAUUCGCUCCCAAUCAGAGAUGGCUGGAAACUUUGAAAUUUGGCAUGCACGUCAUGAUUAUUGGUUGCUUGCUGGCAUACUUGUUCAUGGAUAUGCCAAAUGGAGUGAUAUACUCGCUGAUCCACGUUUCGUUAUAUUAAAAUUGGGUGUGUUUGGUGUACUGAACACCAUGAGGGGACUUAUGCUUUCUGAAUCGACAACUGCAUCUCAAAGUUUUCCCACGGAAGAUAUAGAAGCUCACAAUUUUUUAACGGAUCGUCUAAAAUUAAUUGAGCAAGCAUUAAUUAUCGAACAAUCUUUAAAUGACGUUGCUGAAGCUGUUGUUACUAGCUGCACAGACACGACAUCAUUCGAUUCAGAUCGUAUUAAAGAUGAUCUAGCUGUUCUCUUAUCUAACGAAUUAAUUCUAUCGGAUAGCAAUAAAUUGAUUGUUUUACCUAAUGAUUCGAAAGCAAAAGAAGCGACACGUGCAGCGGUUCAUAAUCUUCAGGAUCUACUUGAAGAUAUGUAUGCUGAUCUUCCCGGUAUGCCAGCGUCAUUAGGAAUGAUAGAAGGAUGUAACGACAAUUGUGGAGCAAACAAAGCAAAAAUCACCGCAAAUUUACCGCAUGAAAGUAGGAAUGGUAUGGUUGCGGCCACCUUACCGCAUUUAUCGAACAAUAUACAAACGGAUAACUUUAAUAAUGGUGACCAUAGUGCAACUACUGACAAUGAAUUAAUUUCACGGGAACUCACUCGUUCUUGUAAUAAAAAAAGUGUUGUUGAUUGUUCCAAACUUCUGUCGGAGAUACUCAAUCGUAGUGCCAUUAGUUGUCAAGGUGUUAGACUUCAAAGUACAUCUCAGUCCGAUGAGCCGAUAAUUAUUGAAUUGUCCGACGAAGAAGAUAGUGUGGAACUAGGCGACUGUAGUUAG